AUGGGAUACCAAUACUAUCAUUAUGAACCUUCUGGAGGCGCAGCAGUUAGCUUUGCUGCUGUCUUUGGACUCACGACCGUUAUACACAUCUGGCAGAUGGUCCGGGCAAGAACCUGGUACCUCACGCCAUUCGUCAUUGGUGGGAUAUUUGAAGCGAUCGGCUACCUAUGUAGAUAUAUCAGUUCUACCGAAACACCAGAUUGGACAAUGAAGCCAUACAUUGGGCAGAGCCUACUCCUCCUUCUGGCACCGGCCCUCUUCGCCGCAUCCAUAUACAUGAUCCUUGGACGCAUUAUCCGAAUGCUAAACGCCGGCUCUGUUUCCCUGAUCCGCCCGUCGUGGCUAACCAAGAUCUUCGUUACCGGCGAUGUGUUGUCCUUCCUCGUACAAAGCGGCGGAGGCGGCAUGCUGGCUAAAGCCACGUCUCAGGCCUCAGUGAAGCUAGGAGAAAACAUGAUCAUCGGGGGCCUGUUUAUCCAAAUUAUCUUCUUCGGAUUCUUCAUUGUCGUUUCGGUAGUAUUCCAUCGUCGCAUGCUCAGCACUCCUAUGCAUCACAUGGUGGCCAUGGAGGUUCCUUGGAAUCAGUACAUGAAGGUCCUCUACUCGGCCAGUAUACUAGUUAUGAUCCGAUCGAUCUACCGGGUGGCCGAGUACGUGCAAGGCACCAGUGGCUAUCUCCAGAGUAAGGAGGCCUUCAUUUACAUUUUCGAUGCCGCGUUAAUGUUAGCUUGCUGUAUCAUCCUCAAUUGGUGGCACCCGAGCAAGGUUGUAUCUUCUAGAAAGGUGGAUAAUGGUGCAGACCUUGAGAUGUUGAAUACAAAUCAGUACGGCAACCUUUGAUCGAUAUUACCACCUUCUGAGAUCGGAUUCUAACGAUGAGGGUGGAGAGACACGCGGGUGGCCUUUAUAGAUAACCGAUUUAUGCAGCAUGACGUUUGGUUUAGAUAAAAUGUGGUGAUUAAACAGACAAUGGUUAUGAGUCGCGAAGACAGG